CUUGGCCGCCAUCCAUCUAGCGAGUCGUUGUCCCUCCCUCUCCGUUAUUCCCUCUCUCCUCGCCCCGCCUGCCUUGGUGCCUGCUCGUCCUCGCCCGCACUCUUUUUCUCUGGCUUUCCCCCGGCCAGCUUUCGCCUCUGGCCGGCCACACGCAGCCGGACGGACUCCGCAGGCACACACAGCAUAACGCGGGGGAGAAAAAGCAAGAAGAAAACACAACUGGACAACUGAGGGGAACAACAAGCGGGCGCAGUGCAGCAUCGCGCUCCCCCGCCACGUGUGUAAAUCGGUGUUGCUUUCAACGGCCUAUGAGGGACAUAAUUUUUUUUUUCAUCAGAAAAGUGAUAUUCGAACUUUCGAAGAUGUAAAGAGUCUGCGUGUGCUGCUAAGCUUGAGCUGGACACAUUCAUUCAGCGGCACCGUUAGCUCGCUCGUCUCUGUGGAAACCAAUUUUUUUUUGGUGGGGGGGAAGUGGGGAUCAAGCCGAAUUCCCCAAUUGUCCGCGGGAAGAAAGAAGACAAGAAAAAAAGUAAGAUGCUGUCCGAGCUGAGCGCCUGGUUCUGGCAAGAGCGGUUGUGGUUUCCCGAAGGUCUGGGCUGGGCUGACCUGGAGGACCGGGAUGGACGAGUGUAUGCCAAAGCGACCGAUUUGUGGGUGGCCCUGCCCAUCGCUCUCUUAUUCCUAAUUGUCCGUCAGGUCUUUGAAAGGACGGUGGCAACGCCUCUGGCCUCUUUACUCGGGGUAAAAGAAACAGUACGGCUCAGGGUGCCUCACAACCCCACACUGGAGUCCUACUAUUGCAAAGUUACCAAAAACCCCACGCAGGUUUCUCUUGUGAGUCUUUGCAAGCAGACGGGCUGCUCGGAAAGACAAGUGCAACGAUGGUUUCGAAGGCGGAGGAAUCAGGACAGGCCGAGUUUGCUGAAAAAGUUUCGAGAGGCCAGUUGGAGAUUUACCUUUUACCUUCUUGCUUUCAUUGCUGGCCUGGCCGCCCUCAUCGAUAAACCUUGGCUGUAUGACGUGCAGGAGAUGUGGCAAGGCUUUCCUGUUCUGACUCUGCUCCCAUCUCAGUAUUGGUACUACAUGAUCGAACUGGGCUUCUACGGCUCCCUGCUCUUCAGCGUGGCCUCCGAUGUCAAACGCAAGGACUUCAAGGAGCAGAUAGUCCACCAUGUGGCAACCAUCCUCCUCAUCAGCUUCUCGUGGUGCGUCAACUACAUCCGUGCCGGAACGCUCAUCAUGCUGGUGCAUGACUCCUCUGAUUACCUCCUGGAGUCUGCCAAGAUGUUCAACUAUGCUGGCUGGCGAAAUGCCUGCAACUACAUCUUCAUCGUAUUCGCCGCAGUCUUCAUCGUCACUCGCCUCGGCAUCUUUCCCUUCCGGAUCAUCUACUGCACUUGGGUGUACCCAGUGACCAUCUACGAGCCCUUCUUUGGCUACUACUUCUUCAAUGGUCUUCUCAUGGUGCUGCAGUGUCUUCACAUCUUCUGGGCCAUUCUCAUCAUACGGAUUGCCGUCCGCUUCCUCUCCAACAAUGAAAAGGUGGAUGACGAGCGGAGCGACAAGGACGAGACGGACGAGUCCGAAGAUGAGGAGGAAGAGGAGGACGUUAAAAAGGUCCCAAAGGCAAACGGACCACUGCAGAACGGCCACGUGGUGCUCAAUAACAACCACAGCAAGUUGGAAUGACAGCAACGACGUGCGCGCCGCAUGGACUCGUAUGCCGGCGGCACUGGCGGCGGCGGCGAGAGAGAUGCAAAUUUGACACCUUUGUACAGCACGACACACACACACAUAUACACACACAUUUGGACAAAGCCAAACGAACACGGCAGGAAGCAUCAUGGCUCGGUCUUGCUUGGUCACCAACGGCGGCUUGACGCUGACGUGGGCCCACAUGCGUUCUCACUGCAGACAGGGAAGAAACUGGAGAGGAGGGAGGAGGGGAGUGACCGCGCCACGCCCCGCGUAGUUUUCCUCGCUCGCUCCAACUCUGUGUGCCUUACAGCCGAAUAACGGCUUCUUUCAAAAGAAAAAAAAAAAACAAACAGAACACCAUUUUGAAACCUCGCUUUAAUUGUUUCUGCUUUUUGCUUUGACUAAAACUGAACAAAUGGAGCAUCCCUUUUAUGAAAGGGGAGGUCGGGGCAUUUAUUUUCCUGAAUUGUGUCUAUGCAACGAGCUAUCGCGAUGUCUUUGCACAACCUCACACUUCCUUUCUUUGACUUUCUAAACUGUGUGCCUCACACUUUCUGUCAAGAUCUUGGGACUUUCAUUCACUUCCAAUUCCACAAAGCUACAGUCCCAAAA